CAGGCUCCGCCCCUGCCCCUUACUCCAGACCCUUGGCGGUUUGACGAGCAGAAACACCAGCUCCCCGCCGGAUCCAGCCGACACCUCAAAGCAAGAGAGCGACAUGGCAGCUCCUGCUAAGGGCGAGAACCUGUCCCUGGUGGUGCACGGACCUGGAGACAUUCGCCUGGAGAACUACCCAAUCCCUGAGCUGGGCCCAAAUGACGUAUUACUAAAGAUGCAUUCGGUGGGGAUCUGCGGCUCGGAUGUUCACUACUGGGAGCAUGGCCGAAUUGGGGACUUCGUUGUGAAAAAGCCAAUGGUGCUUGGGCAUGAAGCUGCUGGAACAGUCACAAAAGUGGGGCCGAUGGUGAAACACCUAAAACCAGGAGAUCGGGUCGCCAUCGAGCCUGGCGUUCCCCGAGAAAUAGAUGAAUUCUGCAAGAUCGGCCGAUACAAUCUGACGCCAUCCAUCUUCUUCUGUGCCACGCCCCCAGAUGAUGGGAACCUCUGCCGCUUCUACAAGCACAGCGCUGACUUCUGCUACAAGCUUCCUGAUAGUGUCACCUUUGAAGAAGGGGCCCUGAUUGAGCCUCUCUCUGUGGGGAUCUAUGCCUGCCGUCGAGGUUCGGUUUCCCUGGGGAACAAGGUCCUUGUGUGUGGAGCUGGGCCAAUUGGGAUAGUCACUUUGCUUGUGGCCAAAGCAAUGGGAGCUUCUCAAGUAGUGGUGAUUGACCUCUCUGCUUCUCGGUUAGCCAAGGCCAAGGAAGUUGGAGCAGACUUUACCAUCCAGGUUGCCAAAGAGAACCCUCACGACAUUGCCAAGAAGGUGGAAAGUGUGCUGGGGAGCAAGCCAGAGGUCACCAUUGAAUGCACGGGAGCGGAGUCCUCCAUCCAGACGGGCAUCUAUGCCACUCACUCUGGCGGGACCUUGGUGGUUGUGGGAAUGGGCCCCGAGAUGGUCAAUUUACCCCUAGUGCACGCAGCUGUGCGGGAGGUGGAUAUCAAAGGCGUGUUUCGAUACUGCAACACGUGGCCGAUGGCAGUUUCCAUGCUUGCAUCGAAGACUUUGAAUGUAAAGCCCUUAGUGACCCAUAGGUUCCCCCUGGAAAAGGCUGUAGAAGCCUUUGAAACAGCCAAAAAGGGAGUGGGGCUGAAAGUUAUGAUCAAGUGUGACCCCAAUGACCAGAACCCCUAAAUGUGAUUGCUCUAUGCCCUUAGCCCACUCUCUCAGCAUCUAAGGGCUAAAUGGACCAGAAGGGGAAGCCAUUAAUGCAGAACUUUCUUUUUGAAUGGUAGGAAUAAUAAACUCAUAAGCCGAGAGCCUUAGAGGAGCUGGCGUGCCUUAAAGACAGAAGUAGGGGCACCUUGGGGGACCUCGUAGCCAGAAUGAGAUGUGUAUACUGAGUAAAGUCUAGAACCAAGAGUCUGGCAGAGGUCCCGGAAAUGCCCUUUCUCUGUACUUUCUUUGGGUGAAGAGACGAAGCAUGCCUUCAUCCAUGUUCCAAUGCGGGUGCCAGAGAGUGGGGCUAACAUGGAGAAAUGACGUCAUUAACAUGGAAGUGGCCCCAGAGCUGUUCAGAGCACAGUGUUUCUCAAGUGUCAUUUGAUUUGAGGGGAAUAAGGGCACUCAGCUCUGCCUCAGCUCAGAAUUCUGUCCUUACAUUUGCAAAGUGGAGGCCAUCUUCCCAACAGUGCUCAUUCAUGAUCAGGAGCAGUACUGGUUGCUAAGCAACCAGGAGACUUCCACCCAAAGAUCCUAAAUCCAGCCUAACUCAUACAAGAGGGCCACAGGAGGGCUUGAGUUUCCCACUCACAGGUUGGCCUCCUCUCCCAGGCUCACUCCCAGGCAGUUAUUAUCCCAUCCCACUCAGUUCUGGCAUCAGAAGAUGCUCCCCUUCUCGGCUGUUAAGGCUGGUGAUAUCUGAUGGAUGGGUAUCACAGAGCCUAAUUAAAUCAUGGGGCUUUUCUUUAUAAGAUCUGGGUCCAAAUCAUGCCCUUUGUGAUCUUAAGAUAAUCAAGAAGAGCACAGUAACUGUGAUGUAACUUGGGCUGCAGCCUGUAAUCCACCUCUUCAGCUAUGAGUAGGGGUCACAUGAAAAAAAAAAAAAAAAAAGACUCUGCUGGAGAAGGCCAUGGCCAACACCUGAGCUUUCUCAAACUGCUUCAAAUAGUAAAUUCUGUCGCUGGUGU